GAAUGACCUCCGCGUAUCCGCUGCCGGAAGUGGGGCGGAAGUUACAGGCUAGCGGAAGCGACGCUGCUGAGUGCUGCGCUGGAAGUGUCCCCCUGGCUGCGACUCACGUGGAUACAGUGACCCUGUGAGGGAUCGUUGGAGUAAAGAAACAGGAGAGAUGUUCCAUCGGCCGGCUCUUCAGGUUUUCCGCCAGUUUGCAAGAUGUCAGUCCACAGACUCUGUUAUACUGGAGCGAUCGAUAAAUAAAGUGCAGCUCUUGGGCCGAGUCGGGCAGGACCCGGUCAUGAGACAAGCGGAGGGGAAGAAUCCAGUGACCAUCUUCUCUCUGGCCACCAAUGAGCUGUGGAGGUCGGGGGAAAGCGAGACGUUCCAUACAGCUGGAGACGUGAACCAGAAAACCACGUGGCACAGGAUUUCAGUGUUCCGACCUGGGCUCCGGGAUGUGGCCUAUCAGCAUGUGAAGAAGGGAGCACGACUAUUGGUAGAGGGAAAGAUUGACUAUGGGGAAUAUACAGACAAGAACAACGUGAGGAGACAGGCGACCACCAUUAUAGCAGAUAACAUCAUAUUCCUCAGUGACCUCCGGGACAAGCUGUGACCCCCCCCCCCCGUGCCUUGGGUUUCUGUAUAGUCUCUCCCCUCCUGCACCACCAAAUAACUGUCCCUUCUUUGGCUUUAGAUAAAUAAUGUUAUUUCUUUCUUAGAAUAAAGAGUUCCUACAUGUUUAUUGAAA